UGUCAUCAAAAAAUCCCGAGACGAAUACAUCCGUCGGUUGAAUGGUAUCUAUGAAAGCAAUCUGAACGGUGUGAGUGUUAUGUCGAAGGUGGAGAUCAUAAGAGGGCAAGCUGCUUUUGAGGAAGACGGCACAGUUGUUGUGAACGGUCAGAAGUACAAGGGGAAGAACACGCUCAUCGCAGUUGGAGGUUUUCCAACUAUUCCUGAUCUUCCUGGUGCCGAAUACGGCACUGACAGUGAUGGCUUCUUUGAGCUGGACCAUCUGCCGAAGAAGAGCGUUGUUGUUGGCGCCGGCUACAUAGCAGUUGAACUUGCAGGAGUUUUAGGAAAUCUCGGAUCUGAUACACAUCUUCUCAUAAGAUAUGAUAAUGUAUUGCGUACUUUUGACGAUACUCUCAGUGUUGGUUUAACUGAGGCAAUGGAUAAAGGACCUGUUACUAUCCAUAAAAGAACUUUGGUCGAUAGAGUAGAAAAACGCCCAGAUGGCCUUUUGACCAUCAAGACCAAUACUGGAACCAUUGACGAAGUAGAAACCUUAAUUUGGGCAGUUGGACGAACUCCACUCACUGCAGAUUUGCAUCUCGAUAAAAUACAUGUUGGAGUUAAAACAGACGACAAAGGAAAUGUGAUUGUUGAUAAAUAUCAGAACACUUCGAAUCCUAGUAUACAAUGUAUAGGUGAUGCUGCUGGGAAGUUUUUGCUUACACCAGUUGCUAUUGCUGCUGGUCGCCGUCUUUCUCAUCGCUUAUUCAAUAAUGAGACGUCAAACUAUCUACCUUAUGAGAAUAUUGCUACAGUAGUAUUCAGCCAUCCAACUUUAGGAACUGUAGGGCUUACG